AUGACCGCGCUGCUACCCGCCGACCAGGACGCCGAGGCGAACGGCAGGCGGCGCACUGUACACUGGCUCCUAGCAUUUGCCGUCAUCGUCUUUGCUACGAUUAAUGGAGUCUUAAUCGUCAACUACUACAGGACAGACGGCGGGAACGCCACGAACGGCGUACAAGUGCGCCGCGUGUUCCCCGUGGGUGCAACCACUGAGCCAGAAUCCGUUGAGACGGAACCAUUGUACAUGCAAACGGAACGGUACAUGGCAGCGCAUCCGCUAUUCAAACGACCACGCGACGACAUCCUGACGGACUACGAGGCCCCUCUGACAAAGAGGGCGACCAGACGGUCGCACAAAUUGCAAACGCCGGCAACCGUCGAGGUCUGCAGGGAGCCGGAGUGUCUGUGGUACCUCCAGCACAUUCGUACGAAGCUGAACGAGCGCAUAGAUCCGUGCGACGACUUUUAUUCGCACGUUUGCACGGACAAGUGGUUCGCGCCCAAUGACAAGUCAACGUUCCACAUGUCCAGCCUGGAAAAACUUAUGAGUUCCAUGGAUAUGAACCUGCGCGUGGAAAGACACAGUCAGCUUAAGUGGUUGCGGAAUUCUGCGUUCUUGUACGACGCCUGCGUCACGGGAAACUUUUCGAAGUCACUUCGGAGGGCACUCUUCUAUAGAAGGCCGCGACGUGCAACUCCGCGUCCUCAUGUUGCACGGCCUCGUCCUCAUCUUCGUCUUACCUCACAUCCUCCGCCGACGACUUCGCCAGCUCCACCGCCCCAGCCUGCUGUGGUCUUCAAGAUUGGCCUUCAAGAAAUGGCGCCCUCGUUGGAGCGAGAUCUUCGAGAUGUCUUGCCAAGGCUGCACCGGCAGUACCUGGAAGGCUAUAAGGUGAGCGCGCUGGCGAACGUUUACAUGGCACCUAUGGGAAGAAAGUCGAGACUUUACGUACCCUUCAUCGACUCACCAGACUUGAUUAUAAAACGGUUCUUCCUUCGGUACCCGAACCGUACCGAAGAAGAUUACCGGAAGCUUAUCGCAUCUACUUUCACUGAUGUGAACGACCCUGAGGCAGUCGCUAUAAAGAUCGUAGGCAUCGAGAAAAGGCUCAGCGACGUCAUAUCGGGCUCGUCCGCGCGUCUCGGUGACAGAGUAAUGACGCCGGAACAUAUGGCCCGCAGGGGCAACGCGACACUGAACUGGUUGACGGAGUUGCUUCCGUCGUCUUCCGGGCGAGGAAGCAGCAUUCACGUCCUCGACAAGGGUUACGUCACUCGCAUGGUAGACAUUCUCAGAGACGUGUGCGCGCCGAAAGACAUAAAAAAUUAUCUGGACUUCCGUACCCUGGUGCACUACUCCCCCUUUCUGAACAUCACACCGUUGAUACCCCUGAGCUACGGAGAAGAGGUCAAAGACGUACCUCCAAAGGUACAGGGGUGCCUUCGCUUCGUGGAAACCAUCUACAAGCAGGGUAUGCGAAUGUUGGGCACGGAGGCACUCGGGGGAAAUUUCGCGCAGUGGCGGAUACCGUUCGAGUACCAGAUGAGUUCGUUAUUUGAAGACGUCAAACGAGUGCUUGCAAAGUACGCGCUGAAAUGGUUCAGUCCUGGCACGGCCAGCGUGGCCGUCAAGAAGAUACAGAGCAUGGAACUCACCUACCUGGGCGCCAGGAUAACCACGCCUUCUUUCUACGCCCAGAACACCCCGGAGAUAAAAGAUUUGCGCGAUUUCGGUCGCCUAAUCAGUGAUACGGUGCGGCGAGACUUCCACAACAAGAGCAACCUGGACUUUAUGCACAAAACAAGCAUCUUCUCCACUGAGGUCGAAUACAACGGCGACACGAACGCGCUCUACAUUCCACAUGGGAUAGUGACGUUGCCCAUCUUGUUAUCUGAUAGGCUGCAUCCCAUCUUCGUUCCCAUCGUCGCCCAAAAGGUGCUCCACGGCGUCAUGGCGGCCAUUGACAGCAGGGGGUCGGAAUCCCUCCUCGCGGGCAACAAGUACCGUACGUGGUGGAGUUCCAGAGACAGACACCUGUUCCAGAACAAGUCGCACUGCUACAAGGCUCAACUCUCGCGAGCGGUAAAACGUAUCUUACCCAUCGCCAGCGGCCACGUCUUCUUGGAAACGUUCAUGGCAGAUAACGCUAUCAUGGAACCGCUGUACGACGUCUACCGGCGAAGAAUAUCAAAGAGGAACUGGGAUGGAUCGAUGAGGGGGGACGAAAGGGUGAAAGAGGACAGGGUAUUCUUCUACGCGUACGCGAUGGGUCUUUGCGAGAGGCCAGGACUCGAGAGGGUGCAGCUGCUGUAUCGCAAAACUAUCCCGGCCCGGUUGAGGGUGAAUAGUGCUCUGACUAAUUUCCCAAGGUUUCAGAGGGCGUUCCAAUGCACACAUGGGAAGAAAAUGGUAUCGGGAGAGUCCUGUUCCUAUUGGAAAUAA